AUGCGCCAUUCAGUGUUGCGGGCCGUCGAGUCCACCAAGCCCCUUACCCGGGUUCCCCGUACGCUUUCUCGAGGCUUCAGCACCGUCAAUAACGGAUCCAAAGACCCGGCUGAGCUAGAUCAAAUCACCACGCUGCCAAAUGGAAUCCGCGUCGCCACCGAAUCCCUCCCGGGUCCCUUCGCUGGUGUCGGAGUUUACGUCGAUGCCGGAUCUCGUUACGAAGACGAGAGCUUGCGAGGUGUGAGCCAUAUCAUGGACCGUCUGGCUUUCAAGUCAACGAAGAACCGCACCGCGGACGAGAUGAUUGAGACGUUAGAGGCACUAGGUGGAAAUAUCCAAUGUGCCUCGUCGCGCGAGUCGUUGAUGUACCAGUCUGCCAGCUUCAACUCGGCUGUCCCGACAACGCUCGGGUUGUUGGCGGAUACCAUUCGCGACCCUCUUAAUACCGACGAAGAGGUUCUUCAACAGCUUGGCACCGCGGAGUACGAGAUUACUGAGAUUUGGGCGAAACCCGAGCUUAUCUUGCCGGAAUUGGUGCAUACCGCGGCCUACAAGGAUAACACGCUAGGACACCCGUUGCUUUGUCCGCGUGAGAGAUUGGAAGCGAUUGACAAGUCGGUCGUGGAGAAAUAUAGAGAGGCCUUCUUCCGUCCGGACCGGAUGGUCGUUGCCUUUGCCGGUGUGCCGCAUCACGAGGCCGUGAAGCUCACCGAGCAGCUAUUUGGUGACAUGCGGCAACCCACCUCGCAAGACGGGCCCAGUCUUUCUGGUGCUGGAGUCGACACGACUUUGUCUGAAGGAGAGCACAUGCCGGCUGUCCCUCAGUUUACUCCAACAUCGACUGCGGCGUCUGCGCCCGCUGCUGCCUCCUCUGAUUCGAGUCUCCUUUCCAAACUUCCCUUCCUGAAGAAAUUCGGGUCGGGCAACACUGCCUCGCCUUUAGAGUCGUCGUUGAAUUUGGACCUGAACCAACCAUCUCACUACACCGGUGGAUUCCUCACUCUCCCUCCUAUCCCUCCCCCGGCCAACCCCAUGCUCCCGCGACUGAGCUACAUCCACCUAGCCUUUGAGGCACUCCCCAUCUCAGACCCCGAUAUCUACGCCCUUGCGACCCUCCAAACACUCCUAGGUGGCGGUGGAUCUUUCUCCGCCGGUGGUCCCGGAAAGGGAAUGUACUCUCGACUGUACACCAACGUCCUCAACCAGCACGGCUGGGUCGAAAGCUGCAUCGCCUUCAACCACGGCUACACCGACAGCGGUAUUUUCGGAAUCUCCGCAUCGUGCAGCCCCACCCGGACCACAGAGAUGCUGGAGGUCAUGUGCCGCGAACUCCAGUCCCUCACCCUCGACACCGGAUACACAGCCCUGCAGCCGCAGGAAGUCAACCGCGCAAAGAACCAGCUGCGCUCGUCGCUCCUGAUGAACCUGGAAUCGCGCAUGGUCGAGCUCGAGGAUCUAGGCCGCCAGGUGCAAGUCCACGGUCGCAAGAUCGGAGUCAAGGAAAUGUGCAAGCAUAUUGAGUCGCUCACUGUUGAGGAUUUGCGACGCGUCGCGCGCAAGGUCUUUGGUGGCCAGGUCCAGAAUAAGGGCCAGGGCACCGGUAAGCCUACCGUUGUGUUGCAGGAGGGUGAAUUGGAGGGCUUUAAGUUGCGGCCGUUCCCUUGGGAUGAGAUCCAGGAACGGAUAGCCAGGUGGAAGCUGGGGAGGAGGUAA